AUGGAAAAAGCACUGGCAUCAACAUCGCCAUGGGAGCAAGGAAUUAAAACAUUUCGAAGACAGUCGUCCACACUCAUUCUACUGGUUUCAGAGAAAUGUGCUUCCGUGACGGACAGUAAAAUGGUAACCGCGAGUGCGAGCACUUCUUCAUUUGCGCAGUCGUUUCCUGCUCGUAUUGAGCCGCAAUAUGUGAGAAUUGUUGGAGAUUCUGUCGGUGUGGUUAAUCUCACACCAGCUGCAUUGCAAUGUCUUGCAGAUAAGCUGACUCGAGUUAUUACUCGUUCUGCAAUGGCCGCUCACCUGUUCGCUCGCCAUGGUCGUCGGAGAACUGUAAAAGUGGAAGAUUUAGAGUUAUCUCUGCGGUCUUUUGGAUUACCAAUACCUGUCGGUGCCCUAACUCGUUCUUUGCCUUCCGUUCGACAGUUGCGCAUGGCAGGUGGAGAACAGCUUUAUGUUAGAGAAGACUUGGACCUUGAUGUAUUACCGCUUACCCAGCCUCCACAGACAAAAGUGCCUGUGAAAAGGCACAUUCGAGUCCACUGGAUCCGGGUAGAUAGCGAAGAGGAGCCGCCACCGGAAAAGAAGGCGAAAAAAACUGCACAAGGAACCAGCGUCACUUCUGUGGAUCUACCAGCUGCGUUAAGAAAGAGGCAAGAUCGGUUAGAUGAUCAUUCACCAGAGAGAGUACCACUCCCGAGCGAGUCUGCUGCACCAUCGGUGUCUUACUGUUUAGCUACUCAAGGAGUGCCCAGGAAGGAGCAGAUUCUUAUCAAACCUUCUUUUGUGGAACCUCUAUCAGUGGAGCAACAAAUUUAUCUAAAAGAGAUUGUGGAGGCUUGCGUGGGACAGGAUGACCGAAAACGACAACAGGCGUUGCAAUCUCUCGAGAGGGACACUGGGAUACAAGUGCUGCUUCCUCGCUUGUCAAGACUAAUUUACACAUCAAUACGAUGCAAUAUUGUCCACCGAUGCCUUUCGAUGUUAAUCUAUGUGGUACGGAUGAUGAGAGCAGUCGCUGUUAACAAGUCUGUAAAGUUGGACGGUGUUCUUCAUGAGUUUCUUCCUUCCUUGAUGAGUUGCAUGCUUGGUCGCGUUGUUUGCACAAGGCCAGAAUCGGACAAUCACUGGGCUCUGAGAGAUUUCGCGGGGAAAACGUUGAUCUUCAUCAUAAAGGAUCACGGAACCAAAGAAACAAAGCGUCGCGCUUUCCGUGCUGUCAAACGGGUAUUUGAUGAGCCUUCAUCUAGCUACUCUAUGAUUUAUGGCACACUCACAACUCUGCUCGAAUUUGCUACGCCCGUUGAACGAAUACGACUUCAUCCACGUUUUAUGAUACUUUUGGAAAGAACUCGCACUGCUGCUGCUACCAGUAGUGAUCAACAAGAACGCAUUGAAGCACAUAAGCUGCACGCUUCCCUUACAAAAAAUGAACCAUCUCUGCGACGCCUCAUAAAACAAGCAGCCCAUGCAUCAAAAAGAGGCCAUUCUUAA